UUUUAAUUUUCCCGGAAGUUACCCAUGCGACCUGGAGGCGCACCGGCUUCACAGACUAGAAACACCGCACUAUGGCCUCGCUCUGAGACUCCUCACACGACAGUGGUGUACGUACCGAACCGGCAAUCCGUCACCAUCGACGCCUGAUCAUGGACCUGCGGUCCAGAGGCUUUUCCCGGGGCCAUCGGAGUUGUCAGUAGUACUCCCAAAGUACUAUAUUGUUUGAUUUUGAGCACUGUCACUUUUGCACGCCCGGGGAUUUAAACCGAAGUGACAGCAACAGCACUCACCCCGGCUGCCGGUUAGCUAACUAGCUCGCUAAGUCAGUAGCCAAGAAAAGGGCAUCACUUUUCUUUUGGAGUAAACGGACAAGGAAUUUACAACACCACUACUUUCAUUAACAGAAGACUGAUCAGAAGCCGAUCCCCGAGUUCACAUCUUACAAAAUAUUCACUACUGAUUCCCGAAAGGCUGGCAACACACCGCCACCCUAAUGCAGAACCAUAAAAGAACGUGAAAUGAACAAACCACCACAGCCUAUAACGGGACCCACUUCUGUCCCAAACCCUGCCCCUUCCCCUGGAUUGACACAGGCUGCCUACGGCCCUGGGCAACCCCCUUCUCUUGUUUUUGCCACCCCUCCACCUCCACAAAUGAACUCUGCACCACAGCCAAGACAGUUUGCUGCAGGGCCCCGUACUUUACACCAACAGAGUUACUAUCCAAACCGACCGGCCAUGGCAACCAGUGCUCCAAGGGUACAGACAAGUAGUGGCCCUCGACCUGUUGGACCUACUCACGUCUACCCGCCCAGCUCCCAGAUGAUGAUGAUUUCCCAGCAACAGCUGUCUUUCGCUGGCUCCCCUCAGGGCUACUUCAUCACCCCCCCUGGACAGUACCGGGCCCCAUACAUGCCUCCUACUCAGCAGUAUCCCGUGACCAGCGGUACAGCAGGCUUCUACCCGGGAACCAGCCCUGCUGAAUACCCCACUUAUGCAGGAGCAUACUAUCCAGCUCAGCCGCAGUACUCUCCAUCUGUCCAGCCUGCACCGGUCAUGAUCAACCCCGCCCAGCAACAGCAACAAGCCCCCCCUCCUCAGCAACCACCGGCACAGUCACAAGGCCCACUAAAGAGGGAACGCAAACCGAUAAGAAUACGGGACCCCAACCAGGGUGGGCGUGAUAUCACAGAGGAGAUUAUGUCAGGUGGAAGGUCCACUACCACACCAACUCCCCCACAGGCCUCCAUAGCAGAUGUAAGUCCUGCACAGACCAACGGUGAAGUUGUACAGCCUGUCACUACAAUGACGAGAAGAGAUGAAAAUGUGGAGCCUCCUGUUAGCACUGAAACCCCUCCACCUCCUGUCACAGCAAACACAGAGCCUGUGGUGGAAGCCAAACAGGAAAUGGACAGCCAGAUGACACCAUCUGCCGAAUCAGCUACACAAUCUGUAGGCCCCACAGCUGCUACUGAGGUGCCAUCCCCGUUGAUAAAGGACCAGCAGUCUCCCUCUUCCCUCUCUCCUGCAGUAGCAUCUACUACUACUCCUGAUGAGGUGGUAAAUAAAGACGAUACUAAAGUCAGUGACACAGUAGACGCUCCUGUUGGCCCUUCAGCAUCAGUAGCAGACGCACCUGCCAAAAUGGAGGAACCACAGGCCUCUCCCCCAGCUCUAGCUGAGAGGGGACCAGAAAAGGUGGAAAAGAAAUCAGAGCAAGUGAAGAAAACUGAAAAAGAGGGGCAGGUCACCAGCUCCAAGUUAGAGCAUGCAGUUGAGGUUGCAGCAGUAGUUACCCCUGUUAAAGUAGCAAAAGAAGAAACAGCUACAAAGACAGAAGAUGAAAUGUCGCAGCCUCCACUCUCUACACAGGAACCGGCUGCUCCACAAACCCAGAAUGCUGCCCCGAGCUCUGGCCCCGAACCUGAAUUCACACCGGUUGAAACAGCAAAGCCUCUUCUCUCAAACGGCCUUCCUCAGGACAUUGAGGAAUUAUCUGUGGGCAGGGGACUUUCACACACUACACCCCUUGACCAGCCCGACGCUUCUCAAUCUCAGGAAUCCACACCUGUAGCUAAAACAGCAACGCCAGCUGAGGAGAGGGAAGAGGAGGGAGGAGAGGGAAGAGGAGAGGGAGGAGGAGGGGGAGGAAAAGAAAAGGAGGAGGGGGAGGAGGUGGAGGAGGUGGAGGAGGUGAAGGAGAAAAUUGAGGAAUCUCCUCCCGCCUCUGUAAGCUGCCCUACAGAGGAAUCUACUAUGCAAGCUGCUAUGUCUGUGCCAAAGAAGAGGAAGAACAUGAAGGAACUCAACAAGAAAGAGGCCAUUGGGGACCUCCUGGAUGCCUUCACAGAGGAGCAGGGUUCCAAGCCUGCUUCUGAACCUUCGUCCACUCAGGCCGACCCGGUCCCUGUUGCUCCAGCUGAACCUCCCGUCGAGGCUGCAGAUGAGACCUGGGAGGAGAAAGAGGACAAGCAGAAUGCAGAACACGACGGGCCCAAAGCCACACCUAAGCCAACUGAGCAGAAAUACCAGUACAAAGAAGAACAAUGGAAGCCGAUAGACCCAGAAGAGAAGAAGCGGUACGACAGGGAGUUCCUCCUGGGCUUCCAGUUUAUCAGCGCCAGUAUGAACAAACCCGAGGGCCUGCCUGUCAUCAGUGAUGUGGUCCUGGACAAGGUGAACAAGACUCCCCUUCGGCCUGCUGACCCAGCUCGACUGAUGAGCGUUGGUCCUGAUUUUACUCCCUCGUAUUUGGGGAAUCUUGGGAGCAGAUCAGUGGGAGGACCACGAGGCCCACCUCCCGGGCCACGUCGCUCCCAGCAGGGUCAGCGUAAAGAACCCAGGAAAAUCAUCAGCAGCAUGUCCCUAAAUGAUGACGUACAACUCAACAAGGCUGAGAAGGCCUGGAAACCCUCGGCGAAGAAGUCCACUCGCAGCCGCGGCAGUGAAGAAGCUGAAGAAGACGAUACAGAACAGGGCAAGACUCGAGAGCUGUUCAAGCGUCUGCGCAGUAUCCUCAACAAGCUGACUCCUCAGAAGUUUCAGGAACUGAUGAAACAGGUGACAGAGCUGACAAUAGACACGGAGGAGAGGUUGAAAGGAGCCAUUGACCUCAUCUUUGAGAAGGCCAUCUCAGAGCCCAACUUCUCUGUGGCCUACGCCAACAUGUGCCGCUGCCUAAUGGGAUUGAAAGUUCCUACUUCGGACAAGCCCGGAGUUUUUGUCAACUUCCGUAAACUGCUGCUCAACCGGUGCCAGAAAGAGUUUGAGAAGGACCAAGAUGAUGAUGAGAUCUUUGAGAAGAAGCAAAAAGAGAUGGAGGCUUCCAAAGAUGAAGAAGAGCGUGAGCGCUUGAGGGUGGAGCUGGAAGAGGCCCGAGACCAGGCCCGCCGCCGUUCACUGGGUAACAUAAAGUUCAUAGGCGAGCUCUUUAAGUUGAAGAUGCUGACAGAGGCCAUUAUGCACGACUGUGUAGUGAAACUACUUAAGAAUCAUGAUGAAGAGUCUCUAGAGUGUCUCUGCAGGCUGCUCUCCACUAUUGGCAAAGACCUGGACUUUGAGAAGGCCAAGCCUCGUAUGGAUCAGUAUUUUAACCAGAUGGACAAGAUCAUCAAAGAGAGAAAGACCUCAUCCAGAAUCCGCUUCAUGCUGCAAGACGUCCUGGACCUCAGGAGGAGUAACUGGGUGCCUCGUAGAGGAGACCAGGGUCCUAAAACAAUCGACCAAAUCCACAAGGAGGCAGAGAUGGAGGAACACAGGGAACAGAUCAAAGUCCAGCAGCAGCUCAUGUCCAAGAAAGAGGGAGGUGGAGGCAGGAUGGGAGGCAGCAUGGGGGGCCGAGGCCCUCACACACCAGGAGGUGGCCGGCCUACCCAGCCUCAGGAUGAGGGGUGGAACACAGUGCCCAUCUCCAAGAACAGGCCCAUCGACACCACCCGCCUUAGCAAGAUCACAAAGCCUGGUGCUCUAAGGAAGCAUGACAGAGGAAGCAGGGACAGAGGAAGCAGGGACAGAGGAAGCAGGGACAGAGGAAGCAGGGACAGAGGAAGCACGGACCGAGGAGCCAGAGACAGGGGUCCAAGCAAAGAUCUCGCAGCUAAGCGUGAGAGUGCCCCCACUCCUCCUCCUUCUCUUCCUAAACCUGCUUUGACUGAGGAGGAAGUGGAGAAGAAGACGAACGCCAUCAUUGAAGAAUAUCUCCACAUCAAUGACUUGAAGGAGGCGUUGCAAUGUGUGGCGGAGCUCAACAGUGCCUCUCUGCUCUAUGUGUUUGUGCGGAAUGGCGUGGAGUCGACACUUGAGCGCAGCACCAUUGCUAGAGAGCACAUGGGCCUGUUGCUACACCAACUUAUAAAGGCAGGGACAUUGCCCACACAGCAGUACUACAAAGGGCUACAAGAGAUCCUGGAGGCAGCAGAAGACAUGGCCAUAGAUAUACCUCACAUCUGGCUCUACCUGGCUGAACUCAUUACCCCCAUGCUCCAUGAGGGCGGCAUCCCUAUGGGAAAGCUCUUCAGGGAGAUCUCAAAGCCUCUCGUGCCUCUGGGGAAGGCCGCCGUGCUGCUGGUACAGAUCCUCAAGUUGCUCUGCAAAGGAAUGACCCCUAAGAAGGUCGGAGCCAUGUGGACAGAGGCUGGGCUGAACUGGAGCGAUUUCUUGCCUAAGGAUGAAGACGUCAACAAGUUUGUCACAGAACAGAAAGUGGAUUUCACCACAGGAGAGGAGAUGGAGUCAAAGGAGGUGGGUAAGAAGAAGGUCCUGAGUGGAGAAGAGCUCAGCAAACAGCUGGACAGACUCCUUCAGGACAAGGCCAACAACCAGCGUAUCAGAGACUGGGUUGAGGCUAACUUGGAUGAACAGCAGAUGGCUUCCAACCAGUUUGUACGGGCAUUGAUGACAUCAGUGUGCCAGUCUGCCAUCAUAUGCGACAACCCGUACAGGGUGGAUGCACGGCAGAUCAACCAGAGGGCCAGUCUGCUGCAGAAAUACCUGUGUGACGAGCAGAAAGAGCUGCAGGCCCUUUACGCCCUCCAGGCUCUGAUGGUGCACAUGGAGCAGCCUGCAAACUUGCUGCGGAUGUUCUUCGACGCCCUGUACGAUGAGGACGUUAUUAAAGAGGAGGCUUUCUACAAGUGGGAAUCCAGCAAAGACCCUGCGGAGCAAACGGGCAAAGGUGUGGCCUUGAAAUCCGUCACCGCCUUCUUCACCUGGCUCCGCGAGGCCGAGGAGGAGUCUGACAAGGACUAAAAGACUGAACUGAAAGCUGCCGCCCCCCUUUGGCAAAGCGGGGGCUCUGCCGGCGGCUGUGGAGAGUUAUGGACAAUAUUGCCAGAGAGGCAGACUCAAAUCAAUCCUCAGUGAGGAUAAAUCUUUAUUUCUUCUUUUCUUUGAGGGAUGAACUCAGAAAACAAUCAUUUCUCUCUACCUUCCCUCUCUUGCUUCCUCAUUAUUUCCCCCACCUGCUUGUCACAGCAAGUGUCCUAAUCAAAUAAACUUGAAAACUGAUUCAGCAGGAUUGCUUGUUAACAAGGUGUGAAGUAUCCCACAUCACUACGAAACUUUUUCCCCCACAAUAAUAGAAACCAACAGGCUCCUUUUCUAUGUUUCCAGAUACUUAUAAUGCCUAACAUCCUAUCUGAUCUGCAAGAAUAAACAGCAGGGCGUUUGGUGUAGUGGGUUCCCUGAUACGUGGGUAUCAUCAUGCCAUAAUGUGUGUUCAAUCCAAACACAGCUCUUCUAUGUCUUUGUCCCUUACUGGAGUGUGCAGCAUGACCGAAGUGUGUUUCUAUUAAUUAUACAGGGGAUGAAGCCUUGCUAGAAAAAAUGUACAUGAACUAAUCUUAAUUUGAUGGAUGGAGUUUUUAAAGCAAAGGUUGUCUAUUUUCUCUUCCUGUUUCUUAUCAUGAACCUACAGAGAACAGAAACAUGGAGGACUGUUGUUGACCUUUGACCUUGACUACUAGGGGGUGGUCUUAAUGCUUCCUCUAAGCCAUCCUCACCCAUCCCCAGUAGUGAACCACACUGACUGACUCUUCAUCUUUACCUCGUAGAGGACACUUAAUGACCCAAUCACCAUUAAAACUUGAAAUCUACAGAAAAUUGACUUGAUGAAAUAUAUAAAGUUUAAAAAAAACAAAAAACAAAAAAAAAAAACCACAGAAAUGAUCCGAAAGCCUUUUCUACUUUAA